AUGAUUCCUGGAGAUCCUCCUUUGCUACAAACACCGCUGCUCACCUCCAAAUCUGGCAUCCAGCAGAUCAUUGAAUGUUUCCGCACAGGGACUGCACAGCUGAAACACAUUCUCCCCAAAGAGGUGGACACAAUCUUUGAAUGUAAACUCUGCCGCAGUCUCUUCCGUGGCCUUCCCAAUCUGAUCAAACACAAGGAAAUUUAUUGUUUCACUCGAAUGCCUGAACCUGAUGACCCUUCUGUAGAUAGCAAGAAGAGCAUAAAAGAACUUCUCGAAGCUAUCUAUCCCUGCUUUGAUAAAGAGGAAUAUGUACUGAAACUAGAGCCCAUUGCUGGCAACCAGAAUGCUGUGUACCAGUACCUGUCCAAAGAAAACGACCUGCCACCUUCAUCUCGAAGCUCCAACCACAUGGACACAGACAGCUGGACACACUACCACUCCAACAGCCAGGAAGCAUACAUGGAGGAGGUCUGGUUGGAAGAAGAGGAGAACAAUAGCAUUGAUGAGGAAAAUGAGAGAGAGAACAUGGACAAGGGAGAAGAAAACAAGGGGCCUCAGCGUAGUGAAGAACCUGAGGAGCCAACAGAAGAAGCAGGUGAACAAGACCUGGCCGCCUGCAAAUGCCUUCUCUGCAACAGGACAUACAGGGUUCGAGGUCACCUUAAGAGGCACCUACAGACUGUUCACAAGAUUGUAUCUCCUGGUUCCACAGCCAGCUCCAGUGAUUCCACGUGCAGCUCCAUGAAAAUGCCCAAUGGUAAAGUUCCAGACAAUCCCAACACCAGUCCCAGCUCUUCCUCUGACUCCCAGAGCCAGAAGAGCCCCAAGGAGGACAAAGUCCCAUCCAAGGCUCACUUCGCCAUAGGUUUUGACUUCAAGGCACACUUCUGCAAGCUCUGCAGGCGGACCUUCAGCUCUGUGCAAAACCUGGAGAAACACAUUGAGCUGCACACUGAUAAUGGCACAGACUUCUUUGUCAAGUUUUACUGCUGCCCGCUCUGCCACUACAAGACACGCCGCAAAAGGGACGUGCUACGCCAUCUCUCAGAGCUCCACAAGAAGACGUCCUCCUACCUGAGCAGGAUCUCCCAGUCGCUGGAGAGCUACGCCGUCAAGAAGCCAGCGGAGGUUGUGUUGAACAAAGAAGAGGAGAAAGUUCAAGGUCAACAAGAUGAAGUGAAAGUCUACAACAAACACAAUUCACCAUAUCUGACACGCAGAAACUUGCCUCCAAAAGCUUUUGGCAUAAUGACCAAAAAUACUUUGAAAACAGGCAACAAGAAGUGCCACGACAAGGUGACCCCUGACAGAAAAUUGAAACCUAGUAGCCCAAAAGGGAGUGCCACCAAGAAAUCAAUGCGCAUGUGCAACAUCUGUGGCCAGAGCUUUAAAAAGACAAGAUACCUAGGGUUGCACAAGAGAAUCCACAUGAAAUCUGCAACCAGGAGCACAGGUAUCAGAACAAGAUCCAAGGUCAAGCUUUGAUAUCUGCUGACAGCAAACUGGACUUGCAUCGACUGUGGAAACACAUACUGGAAGAAAAUCUGAACCAUUCAAAAACUAAAAGAAACAGUGCUAUACUACACAAAGGACUUUAAAGCAUAAGUAGGGUAUAAGAAACCCUCAGAAAUGUGUUCCAUCGUCCCAAAAACACAUACUAUAGAAUGUAUGUCAAUGUAACGGUACAGUAUUUUCAGCGGUGCUCUAUUAACCAUUUAUGAGGGGUUCUGAUUACUCUCAGAUAUAAGAGGAAACAUAUAUGCUUUCCAUUCCCCCACUGGGAAUGGGAUCUUUAAUUUUUGAGCUAGCACAUGCUCUGGGGAGGACAACCAGUUGUCCUUGUAUUAAGUGCAGGUACAUGUUAAACACUUUCUAUGAAAUCUAUGAUCUAUCAGUUUUAGCUGAUGAUUACAUUAUUUUUCACUCCUCAUUUGUUUAUUAACAUUUUACGGAAAGGUUAACAGGUCUUCACAAGGAUUCACUGUGCAAAUCUAUAGAUCCAAGUUUCUUUUUUUAACCCUUCCGGAGGCUUGAUGGAUAAAAUGAUGGGUUUAUUUUUAUUCUUUUUGUAUUUACCAACAAUAAACAGAGGAAAUGAUUGUG